AUGGUGCGUCAAAGGAGCCUUUCAAAUGCUUCCUCGGCUUCUUCUCUCCCUGAGAGGAAUCAGGAGCUCGAAAGCAUGUACGACUAUCUGGCCAAGGUUAUUCUUCUGGGGCCGAGCGGGGCGGGAAAGUCUUGCGUAUUACACCGGUUUGUGAAAAGUGAAUGUAUGGUGGUUUCUGAUCCCUUAUUCACUUGCCCACACAUCCAUACCCUCCUGACCUCCCCCGGUUGGAUGGCCGGCUCGCUAAUACGCCGUUCGUUUGUAGGGAGGGUGCUGUCGUCGCAAACGAUCGGUGUUGAGUUCUCCUCCAAGAUCGUCAAGUUGGGCACCGGGCCCCGGCGAACAAGGAUCAAGUUGCAGCUGUGGGAUACGGCUGGGACCGAAAGGUUUCGAUCCGUAUCCAGGUCGUAUUAUCGAGGGGCUGCAGGGGCUAUUCUCGUCUAUGAUAUAACGUCCCAUGCGUCAUUUGCCUCUCUCCCCACGUUCCUCAUGGAUGCGCGUGCUCUUGCUUCCCCCAACCUCAGCGUCCUACUGGCUGGUAACAAGUCAGACCUAGCCUCCGACGCCUUGCCCGGCGAUAUUCCUGAUGACAGUAUACGGCCUCCUCCUACACCGUCUAGUACAUCCAGCAAACGGUCUUUUCCAUUUGGCUCAAGCGGCGGCUCUGUUCGUUCAAUCACAAAUUUCGACACUACGACAAGAAUGACAGCUACGCAUGCACUUCAUGGUCGUGAGGUCGGCACCGAAGAGACAUCACGCUGGGCCGCUAAGUCUAACAUCCCGGUUGCCGUCGAAGUAUCGGCCCUCACGGGUGAGGGGGUAGAAGAACUAUUCAACCGGCUGGCCCGGAUAAUCCUCACAAAAAUUGAAUUGGGCGAAAUUGACCCAGACGAUCCGCAGAGCGGGAUUCAAUAUGGUGACGGCGGUCUCUACGGCCAUGGCACGAGUGAUGGUUCCAGCAUUCGAAGUCGCAUGUCCCUUGACGACGGUGCUGUCCAAAUGCAUCGUAGACAUCCAAAAACAAACACCAGUAAUAACUGGAAGGCUGGUAUGAGAGAGUGGGAGGAUGUCUUUCGGUUGAGCGAUUCGCACCAAAGGAGAGGUAGCGGCUGCUGCUGA